GCGCCAUUUUGAAAGUGGAGUCGCCUGCCCUGCCGCUGCCGCCGCCGUCGCUGUCGUAGCUGCCGCCGCCGCUGCUGGAGAAAGAGCAAGAGUGGGGAAGCCCCAGAGUGAAAUCCACCAUCCUGCCGGCUGGUCUGCCCGCCCCUCCUUCCUUCUCCCCCGACCCCCGCCCCCUCCCCCACAGGUGCCAUCCGCCGCCAUCCGCCCUCUCUACCCCCCAUCCCCAGGUGAGGGGGGUGAGUUCAGGAAGCGGAGACCCCAAGGAACCCAGCAGGGUCACCAUUUGCAGCGCAACAUGGCAGGAGCUGGAGGAGGGAAUGAUAUUCAGUGGUGUUUUUCUCAGGUGAAAGGAGCCGUAGAUGAUGAUGUAGCAGAAGCAGAUAUAAUUUCUACAGUAGAAUUUAAUCAUUCUGGAGAAUUACUAGCAACUGGAGAUAAAGGUGGUAGAGUCGUCAUCUUUCAACAGGAGCAGGAGAACAAAAUCCAGUCUCAUAGCAGAGGAGAAUAUAAUGUUUACAGCACCUUUCAGAGCCAUGAACCAGAGUUUGACUACUUGAAAAGUUUAGAAAUAGAAGAAAAGAUCAACAAAAUUAGGUGGUUACCCCAGAAAAAUGCUGCUCAGUUUUUAUUGUCAACAAAUGAUAAAACAAUAAAAUUAUGGAAAAUCAGUGAAAGGGACAAAAGACCAGAAGGAUAUAAUUUGAAAGAGGAAGAUGGAAGGUAUAGAGAUCCUACUACAGUCACUACACUACGUGUGCCGGUCUUUAGGCCCAUGGAUCUAAUGGUUGAGGCCAGUCCUCGAAGAAUAUUUGCCAAUGCUCAUACAUAUCACAUCAACUCAAUUUCUAUUAAUAGUGAUUAUGAAACAUAUUUAUCUGCAGAUGAUUUGCGGAUUAAUCUUUGGCAUCUGGAAAUUACAGACAGGAGUUUUAAUAUUGUGGAUAUCAAGCCUGCCAAUAUGGAAGAGCUGACAGAGGUGAUUACAGCAGCAGAAUUCCAUCCAAACAGCUGUAACACAUUUGUAUACAGCAGCAGUAAAGGAACUAUUCGGUUAUGUGACAUGAGAGCAUCUGCCCUCUGUGAUAGGCAUUCUAAGUUGUUUGAAGAACCUGAAGAUCCCAGUAACAGGUCUUUUUUUUCUGAAAUCAUCUCUUCAAUUUCUGAUGUAAAAUUCAGCCAUAGUGGUCGGUAUAUGAUGACUAGAGACUAUUUGUCAGUCAAAAUUUGGGACUUAAAUAUGGAAAACAGGCCUGUGGAAACAUAUCAGGUGCAUGAAUACCUCAGAAGUAAACUUUGUUCACUGUAUGAAAAUGACUGCAUAUUUGACAAAUUUGAAUGUUGUUGGAAUGGAUCUGACAGUGUUGUCAUGACUGGAUCUUACAAUAAUUUCUUCAGAAUGUUUGACAGGAACACAAAGCGAGACAUAACCCUAGAAGCAUCACGGGAAAACAAUAAACCUCGCACGGUUCUGAAGCCACGCAAAGUGUGUGCAAGUGGCAAGCGAAAGAAAGAUGAAAUAAGUGUUGACAGCCUAGACUUCAACAAGAAAAUACUUCAUACAGCCUGGCACCCCAAGGAAAAUAUCAUUGCUGUAGCUACUACAAACAAUCUGUAUAUAUUUCAAGACAAAGUGAAUUAGGGUUGGCAUUCCUAGCAGAAGAGCCCACUUCCUGCUUAGUUGAGAUAGUUGAAUCUAGCAUUCGUACUUAAAAAAGAGAGAGGUCCAUUGUGGCGCCCCUUUUCCAGUGUUUGACAAUGUGCCAUUCGACAACACAUUUUUAAUAGCUACAUGGAGAAGGCUCUGUGGAUUCCUCCCUGUGGUAUUCUCCAUGUCUGCUAGCCAUUUAGGUAAGGGUAGGGCACUUUUAAUUUAAUGACUUCUUGCACCAUCUUGCCUAAUGGACUAGAUUGGACUGUAUCAACAUUGAUUUACUCCACUUUUUAUGCCUUCCAUUGUGAUGACGUCAAACACAGUGAAAGCCUUCAGACAUGCUUAUGGGAUUUAAUUGUGUAUCCUCAUUACUGUAUCAUUUGUGGGGUACACCCCUCCCCCUUUUUUAAAUUAAAUACAGCUCAUUCUUACUGUGGCUUGUAGCAUUCCUCCUCUUCUGGCCUCCUGGACUCUUCCCCUUCAUCUCUCUUACCCUUGCCCCUCCACCCAGUCUUGGUGGUGGUAUAUUAAAAAGGAAAGAACGAAAGCACACAAAAUGAGUCAGUUUGGGGUCAGUGGUAAAGGGGGUAUAUGAUGCGAACAAAUGUUUUAAUAACAGUUGGCUGUAAUCACUCCUUGCCGUGUCUGGCACUGAAAAUAAGGAAAAAAAAAAAAACUACUACUGAAUAAAAGUGACAAAGAAUGGAGAAUCUGGUUUUCUUUUUCUUUUUAAUCUACCUCUUUAAGCCAAUAUUUUGUGUCAUACUUUUGGGCGCACUGAAACAAAAUGAGGUUCCAUUGUUUUAUUGGUGUUUUUGUUAAUUAUUUUUAACAAGUGUUCUUUUACAUGAAGGAGAGGUGUUGGUUCUGUACGAACAUGUUUUGAAUAUAUAUUGGUAUUACUAAGGAUAUCAUGAUCUAUAAAUGCUACUAGCGGGUUUUUUUUUUUUUUACUGUAGUUAUAAGGGUAUUGGAUACAUUGUAUCUACACUUAAUUCAUUAUCUGUUAAUGAAAUUGUUGUAAAUGGGAACCAAAUUUGUAGAACUUCAUUUUUAAAGACUUUUUACAGUGUUUAAUUUCAUUUUGCCUUACUAAAUACAAAGUCAGACUUAAACUUUUAACAAGUUAAAGCUUUUUUUGUUGUUCAGUCAUAAACUAUAACAUAAAACUAUCCUCAAAUGAUUUUACAUAGAUAAAAUUGACACUGCACUAAUUUUUUUUUUGUAUUUUACUGCUAUCAAAUCUGAAUGAAAUGUACUUUGACAUACAUGUUUUUCUUCUAUUUUUGGUUUUCCAAAGCUAUCAAUAUUAAAGACAAACUUUAAAGGUACA